ACUUUGCGCUAAACUAAACACAGCCUUCGUCAGGUCAUCGCCGAUCAGUUAAUACUCCUACUAGGCUACUACUCCCAGCUGAAUUAGCUGCACAAUUAAAUAUCGGAGAAGACGACGAGGGUGACUUGUUGGGCCUAAGUGGGCCGUGUGCCGAACAAAUGGCCCAAGUCUAGGACAAUAUUUUUUGGGCCGUGAUACGACAUUUUGCCACGAGGGCCCAAUAUGGAUAUUUUUUGCAUUUUGCUCCCUGAUUUGAACUGUAUUUCUGCAUUUUUUGACGGCAUCUCAUCCAGGAGCCCAGGUCGGCGCCGCCGCACACGCGUGGCGGCCUCGCCGGCGACUCGGCUGCUCAGAGCGGCGCGAAGAAAGGCCGCGCUGGAGUCUGCAGCCGCUGCGUGUGGCAGAGUAGAGACCAGCCAGGGAGAGCGCAGCUGUCAGCAACCUAUACCAGCCAGUGAGCUUGCUCGCGCCGUUCGCCGGGGCGGGGGAAGAGAACCAUCUGGCGACAAAGCACAGGAAGCAUGUCACUGGUUAACCGGCCGCUCCCUGCACUGUAUGGAAUUUGCACGGCCUCGGCGAAGACCAGAGCUUGGUGGCUCUGCAGAGAUGGCAAUCUCCCAUCAACAAGUCGAAUUUCUUGCACAGAGCCAUCGAAUGGGGGUUCUGUCAUGGAGUUGGAGGUAAUGGACCGCAAUGAGCAGACAUACCAUGAGAAUUCUUCUGCUUCUGAGGAUGAGGACGAUGAUGAGGAAGAGGCUGUAGAGUGGAGCAAAGAUGAGCUUGAUGCCAUCUCGGCACUCUUUGACCGGCCGAUGCGCCAGAAGCCACCAAAGCCGCCAAACCCGGUGAGGCAGCGACCUCUCCCGCUGCCACUGCCUCACAAGACACGACUGCCCAAUGCUCCUGCACCAAAGCAGCAUAUCAGGCUGGCAGCAAGGGCUGCACUUUCUUCACGCUCUUCAUUCAGUGACCAGGUGUGCAAGAACCCGGAGGUCCUCAUUGGGAUUGCCCGGGAGAUUGCAGCGCUGCCACCGGAGUCUGACGUGUCCAUUGUGCUCGAUCGGUGGGUUCGGUUCCUCCGGAAAGGAUCCUUGUCAAUGACCAUUCGGGAGCUUGGGCACAUGGGGCUCCCAGAGAGGGCAUUGCAGACACUUUGCUGGGCUCAGAGGCAGACUGUCGUGCCACUCUUCCCCGACGACCGGAUUCUCGCUUCGACAAUUGAGGUCUUGGCACGCUUCGACCAGCUGAAGAUGGAGGAUGCGCUAGAGCAGUGCGUCCCUUCAGCGAGCCGUGCUGUUCUUGAAGCCAUGGUCAGUGGGUUCAUCAGGGCAGGUAAAGUAGGCCUUGCCCGAAAACUCCUCGAGUUCGCCACGAUCAACAAGAGGACACUGAGCCCGAGCGUCCACGUGAAGCUGAUGCUGGAGGCCGUCCGUACGCCUGAGGGCUACGGGCUCGCCGCGGCGCUGCUGGACGAGCUCGGCGAGAGGCCGGAGCUGCACGUUCGGCAGCAGGACUGCACGGCCGUGAUGAAGGUGUGCGUGAAGCUCCGGCGGUACGCCGCCGUGGAGAGCCUGUUCGGCUGGUUCAGGGACACCGGCGGGAGGCCCACGGUGGUGAUGUACACGGCGGUGAUCCACAGCCGGUGCCGCGACGGGCGGCACCGGGAGGCGCUGUCCCUGGCGUGGGAGAUGGAGCGGCACGCCGGCGGCCUCCUCGACCUGCCGGCGUACCGGGUGCUGGUGAAGCUGUGCGUGGCGUUGCGCGACCACGAGAGGGGCGUCCGGUACUUGGCGAGGAUGAAGGACGCCGGGUUCGUCCCGACCGGCGACAUGUACGGCGGCCUGAUCGGAGGCUACGCGGCGGAGGGGAGGAUGGGCAGGUGCCGGAGGCUGAUCAGGGAGGCGGAGUUGGCCGGCGUGAAGCUGGAGAGGAGGCUGCUUUCGCGCUUGUCUGAGAUGGGGGUUGAGCAUUCUCAGCUCUGAAAGAAAGAAACUGAUCUUGCUGUUGGCAUCUGACUAGCAUGGACAUUGCACAGAAAUUGAACUGUAAAAUUAGGCUCUGCGUAAUUGCCUUUAACCUGUAGUAACAGAACAUUACAUUAUGAAUAUAUUUGUUUUGUUGUUGGCUUGUUAUCCUCUA